AGGGAAUUUGAAGAAGUUAUUAAUAAGUGUGUCUCACAUUCGAACAGCCAGCGACCCAGCCUUCGUGACUGUACAAGAUUACAAUAUAUGAAGGGGAUAUCACUGAUCUCAGGACCACUUUGGCUCGGUACAGAGUGCUCUGGGGCAAGCAGGCCUAUAUCAUUCGCAAAAGAGACUGGAUUCCAUCCACUGUCCUUUGUUGGUGACUUUGUGGAGUUUGACAUUGUUGAUGGGUUUUUUUCUCUGCACACCACAUCAUUGGGAAGUCCGUGCGAUAUUAUAAAUAAUGUUGGAAAUCCCAAUAAUAGGAGCCACUUAUACUCGGUCACUGGAACUGAACCUGUUUGUUCCAUUGCCUGUCCAGUGUUAAGGAGCUGCUAUUGUGACCAACAGAUACAUUUUGCCCUCAACCCUGGAGAACAGAAAGUAACAUUCAUGAGUAACAUUGCUAGCACCACAGUAGUCAUGAUGUCUACUACACUCCCCAUUUCUCACACACCUAGAUCUACUGUCACCAGCGUGGUAUGGGUUACUGGUGGAUGA